GGUUGUGGUUAAGUAAGCUCCCAAGUGCAUGUUUAGCUUAUGCUAACGCUGUUAGCGACAUUGUUAGCAAGCGAUAUGUGAGCUACACUUGGAGCCCAGAAAGACGAAGGGUGGUAUAUGUUAGUGAGCUGCACACAUGCUGGCGACUGUCUGGCUCGGAUUUUCUCCUCCUAUCACUCAUACUUGACUAUUAAUUUUGUUCCAAGAAUGUAUUUGUAGCCGCCUUGUGCCAGUUAGCUAAAAUAUUUAGCUUGUUUUGUUGAACUCUUAUAAGCAGAAUUUUAGGUUUUGUGUUUGUCAAGUGUUUGCUCUAGCACAAUUUAGGGGGAAAAAUAUGUGUAGGGUUUUAAAGUUUAUCUAACAUUAGAGUCAUUUUGCGCAUUUUUAAUUAUUUUUGUCGGAAGCUACUAUCCACCCGGUAACCUCUAAUGCAGGUGACAUUGUUUAACGUUGUUGCCACGAGCGAUGAGGUCGAGCUGCCUGUGCGAUGUCGAUAUUUUUCCACGUUGUCAAAUAGCGCAUUGCGUAUUUUCUUGCUAAUAGAUUUUAAGUUGUUAAUCAAAGCGCUUAGUCGAGUGUAAAACAACUGCGAAGCUUGCACACAUGUUUGACUUAAGGAAUGAAUGAGCAGGAGGUUCGUGCUGCUGGCAGCGGAUGGAAAAAGCAUAGAGGACGGAGAGCGACGGAUCUCAUCGACCAGAUUGCCUGCUGAACUUUUUGCCUGUCAGACAGAUUGCAAGGGACCAUGCUGAUCAUCUUGGCUGCUGGGUCUGUGUUCUUCCCGGGCCUUUUCCUUCUGUCCAAACAAUGCUUGAAGUCCAUCCCGGCGCUGAGAUGGAGCGAAGGAGAUGCAGUCAUAGUGUCAGCCAGGUUAGUGUCAUCGAUUCAAGCAGUCAUGGCCUCCUCAGCUGGAUACAUCAUUGCUUCCUCCUGCAAGGACAUCAUUGAGGACCAGCACUGGCUCACCAGCAGUUACAUCAUGUUCGCUGUCCCCUACUUCGUGUACGACAUCUACGCAAUGUUCAUGUGCUACUGGUACAAGCUGCGGGUCAAAGGGCACGAGGAGGCCGCGGCGGCGCCCCAGCACAUGCGCUCGGCGCUGGCUAGCUACCUGCGCCGCGAGUUCCUCAUGGUCCUGCACCACGUUGUCAUGGUCACCGUCUGCUUCCCGGUCUCUGUGUUUUGGCGACAAGGAAAGGGGGAUUAUUUCCAAGGUAUAAUGUUUAUGGCUGAGCUCAGCACUCCAUCUGUCUGCUUAGGAAAAAUACUCAUCCAGUACAAACAGCAACACACUCUGCUGCACAAAGUGAAUGGGGCUCUAAUGCUGAUCACUUUUUUCAUCUUUCGAGUCCUACUCUUCCCUUACCUCUACUACGCCUAUGGAAGGUACGCGUCCAUCCCCUUCCACAUGGUCCCGCUGUCGGUGCCCUGGCACUGUAACCUCGGCGCCGCGCUGCUCAUGGCGCCCCAGCUCUACUGGUUCUCCCUGAUUUGCCGGGGAGCCCUGCGGCUAUUCCGAGGCACCUCCCGCUCCCAGAGGCCGACCCCGCCCGGCGACAAGGAGCUCCAGACAACGCACGGCAACACGCUGCCGCAGCCCGCCAACGGCUACAACGCGCGCUCGUCCGAGCCCGAGCUGGCCACCCACUGAGGGGGGGAGCUGGGGAGGGAGGGAGGGAGGGUGAAUGUAUCAGAGAGCGUUUGAGGAAAAUAAAAAAAAAAAAGGAGGGAAACUUGAAACAAGUGGAGACGACGGCCUCAAACCCAGCUGAAGUAUUCGCCGCCAGCCGGCGUGUGAACCAACGUGCGGCCGACCUCCGGGUACUUCAGCUCCGUUUCAGUAUUCUUCGAUGUCAUCCGGCACUGUGACAGAAAGUAAGAUGCACUGACCUGAGAGGAAACGGCUGGAUGUACAGCGAGCGUAGACGGCUAUUUCCCUCAUGUAGAUUACAGUCCUCUCAGCCUCACAGGAAGAGCAGGAACAUAGGAAUGUAUUAUAUUGUAUGUUAGUACGUUUGCUGUAGACGGAAGGUCCCAUUCAGCUCAAACAUGAAGAAGACCUUCAAUUAAAAAACAGAAAAAAA